AUGUUUAUCUUGUUCUGGGCCCUAAGCCAAGAACCUCAACAAUCUGAGGUGCUGGAUGCCAGUGGCUCUGUCUCUGACAGCGACUGGCGUGAGAGCCUGCUGUUCGCGAGAGAUCUUGCUGUUCAAUUGAAUGCUUCCGUGCCCCAGUUUCGUGCGGGCUUGGGGCAGUUCUCAAGCGACUUCCAGAACAUCUUCCCUGUGAGUGAAGAUGUAUCUCCUCUUGCAGCGCUCCCCGAAGGCGUCAAGGCCUCAAGGGGCGGCACUCAGACGGCCAAGGCGUUGUGCGGGAAUUCCUUUGGUAGCUACACCAAAGAGGAGGAGGCCAAAGACCGCUGCGUCGGUGGUGCCUAUGGCAUGCUGAUGGCAGCGCCGCCUCAGCCGCCAGAGAAUCUCCCCCCCAACUGCGAAGAGCUUUCCAGCUCAAGCAUGAUUAUCCUGGUCACAGAUGGAAGGCCAGGCAAAAACGAACAGUCGUCUUCCAAGAUGGCCUCCGCAUUCUUGAAGUCUGAGACCAACAUCACCGUUGUUGGCAUCCUCGUGAAGCACGAGGCUGAGGAAGUGGAAGGGCAGAUUCUGUACGCGCUGUCUUCCUGCUGCCCUGCAGAGUCCAUGAUGGUCACAACUACUGGCGACGUCCAUGCGGCCUGCAUGCUUCCGAUGAACGAAACCUGUCCGUACAUGGCAUCCAUGAAGGACUAUGCUGCACUUCGGCGGAGCAUCGACGGAAUUGUGCAGACUCUGAGCGACGAGCUCCAAUGUGAAGGCCUUCGAGAAUCGGUAUCUUUCUUGCCGGACUCGCGCAGCCUUUGGUUUCUGGUGCUGCUGUUGCCGGUCGUCCUGCAUCAAGUGUGGCAGCGCUGUUUGCGGCACCCUCAGUCGCCUCAGCUCAGCGAUCUACGCUGUGUGAUGAUCAGAAUUUGA